AAACCCUUUGACGAAGACGUGCAGUUCACAAAGAAAAGCCCAACAAAUUUCAUUCCCCAACUGAACUCUAUUGCUUGUGGUGCCAUCCAGUAUUCAUGAGUCUCUUCUUACAUUAAUAACUACUUUUGUUGAUGCCAAUGGAUUCUCCGUUCACCCCCAGGCGCACUUCCGCAACCAACAACGAACCCGCCCAGUUUCGCAUCCUCUGUCCUGCGGCCAGAACCGGAGCGUUAAUCGGCAAGGGUGGCUCUGUUGUCCGCCAUCUCCAGUCAACCACCGGGGCUAAAAUUCGACUCCUAGAUGAGCCAUCCCCUUGCGACGAGCGCGUAAUAGUCAUCCUCGGAGACGCCCAUUGCAUGCCUCCCGAUUGCGAUUACGAGGAGGGCUCCUGGGGUCCUGCUCAGCGGGCCCUGGUGAAGGUCUUGGAGAGGGUAGUGUGGGGGGACGGAGCAGCGGGAGGAGGAUGUGGAGGGGAGGAGGAGGUGUGUUGCAGAAUUCUCGCCGGGAGUAGCCAGGUGGGUGGUGUGUUCGGGAGGGGAAGCAGAGUCGUGGAGAAGAUCAGGCAUGACAGUGGGGCCUAUAUUAGGGUUUUUCCUCGUGACCAUAUCCCUGCGUGUGCUUCUCCAGGUGAUGAGUUGAUCCAGAUUUCGGGACAGUUUUCUGCUGUGAAGAAAGCGCUCUUGCUUGUUUCAAGUUGUCUCCAAGAAAAUCACAGGGCAGAUGCAGCCAACUCAGGUAUUUCCAAACCUGGAGGGGUAGGGCUUCAUGGAGCGCAUUUGCCUCCACAAGUGGACCCAUUCCUUCAACGCAACUGUGGAGCUGGUCAUCAUGCCGUAGAUUAUCAUUCCAGGGGAUAUUAUUCUAAUCACCGGCCUGAGAAUAUUGGUUCUUGUAAACCAAUGCUCAUAGAAGAGGAAAUUAUUUUUAAAUUGUUAUGCCAGCCCGACAAAAUUGGUAGUUUGAUUGGGACAGGCGGUUCUACAAUGCGGGCCUUGCAAAGUGAAACUGGUGCAUCUAUCAAGAUUGCUGAGGCUGCAACUGAUUCAGAUGAGCGGGUUGUUGUGAUUUCUGCACGAGAGGCAUGGGAUCUAAACUGUUUUUCAAAUGCAGAGCAAAGGCACUCUCCUGCUCAGGAUGCUGUUAUUCGUGUGCACUAUAACAUGGCAGAAAUUGGAUUUGAACCUGAUGUGGCUAUUGUUGCCAGGCUUCUCGUACAUUCACAGCAGAUAGGGACUUUGUUAGGGAGAGGAGGCCACAUGAUAUCCGAGAUUAGAAGAGCUACUGGUGCUAGUGUACAUGUAUUUCCAAAAGAGCAAGCCAUGAGGGGUGGUUUACAAAGUGAGGAAGUUGUGCAGGUUAUUGGCAGCUUGCAGUGUGUGCAAGAUGCUUUAUUUCACAUAACAGGUAGGCUUCGGGAGACAAUAUUUUCCAUAAGACCUUCAUUUUCAAGCAGCAGUGUCCCACCCUACUCGUCCCCCUUUCCAGAUAUGCCUCCCCCAAAUUUUAGGCCAAAACAUAACCCACCAUCACCGAAUGCCUAUCCUUCUGCAGUUGGACCAUUUCAUGGCUUUGACCAUCCUGCAAGGCCGCCCCAACCUUUUGAUCAUCACCCAUCAAUUUCACAUGCUGAUCACAUUAAUCCGCUUAAUUUAGACCGAGGUCCCCAUCCUUAUGGUAGUGAGAGACCAAUUCAUGCUCCAACAUUUGAGAACUCCCCAAGAUCAUGGACUUCUCAGGGAGUUGACAGUGGGAACCCUAUGGGAGCUACUGAUGUUAGUUCUGGGUUUGCUCCAAGAAAUGAACCUCUUGAAAGCGGUGAUCGGGCGCUGAUUUCGACUAGCACAACUGUGGAGGUUGUGAUUCCUCAAACGUUGCUAAACCAUGUUUAUGGAGAGAAUAAUAGUAACUUGGGUCACAUUAGACAGAUCUCAGGUGCAAAUGUUCUUGUUCAUGACCCAAAGCCUGGGGCUACUGAAGGCGUGGUAUUGGUGUCUGGAACAUCAGAUCAAAUGCAUGCUGCUCAGAGUCUUAUUCAUGCCUUCAUCCUUUGUGGACAGACAUCUUGACUGUAAUUGCAUGUUGCUUGUGGGACUGGGAACGUAUAUGUCCAAGGCUUAUCAUUUAGGCAGGGUUCAAUGUGGUCGUGUUUACAAAAAGAAAAUAAUUUAUGGAUAUUGCAAUUCAAGUUAUAUUUAAAGAGAACACGUGUCGAGGGCAAGACUACUUUUAGAACUCUACUUAUAAAGUAUAGGGAGAAAGUUUGCAAAUUAAAAAUCGUAUGUAUAUGUAAUGAGACUGAUAUAUUAAAUGUAGGAAUUUUAUGGUAUAAAA